ACUUAGAUUGUUUUGGGAGCUUGAAGUGGAAGAGUGGGCUCUAGAGAGAGGAAUUUUGGAGGAGUUAGAGAGAGGACGUCUCACCGUUCCUUGGCCGGUGAGUAAUAGAAAUUUGGAGAAAAGAAGAGCACGUUUCACCAUAUUUCCUAGCGACAAGAGGCAUUGGAGUGUUAUCUUGGGAGAAGAGAGUUUAAGACAGACUACUUUGUGGAGUUCCGUCCCUCCUGGUCCAGAAGACUACGUGAUGUCGCACCCUAAGAUGAAUCUUCUUCCAGAAAAGGAUAGCUAUGAAACUUACUUGAAGAUGCGGGAGAAGAAGAAAGCGUCCGGCAGGGGCAAGAAGGGUGGUUCGGGUAGUGAGCCCGUUAGUGAAUCCGACGUCCAAGUAGUUGAACCGUCGGGGCGGUCAAAGAGGAAGAAGAAAGCAGCGCCUUUUGAGGUCCCGGACUACUCCGAUGGCUCUAUCCAUCUCACACUUCCUAGUGGGACUUCAGCCCAGACCGACUAUGAUUCAUGUGCGGAUCAUUUUGAGCGUCUGUUGCUAGAGGACGACCGCACCAGGAUGUUGAAGGUUGGCGUGGUUGAUUCUGCCAGCACUGCCGCCCGUCUUGCGUUUCAGGGCUAUCAGUAUACUCUGUUCAUGAAGGAGCAACUGGUAGAGGCGGCUGACCAACUCAAGGUGGCUCUGAGAGAGCAAGAUGCCCUUCGGAAGGAACUCGAGGAAGAGAAGGGUCGUUAUGAAACGGCAGAGAAGGAGUUGAGGGACGAGCUAUCCUUGAAGAGUCACCUGAUUUCUACCCUUCAGUCUCAGAUAGGGCAAUUGGAGGCGACUUUGAAGGUCCGAGAGGAGGAGCUUCAGUUUAGCCAUCUUCAGACGGUCGUUCUUACCCGUGGUGAGAUGAUGAAGGAGUUCAAGGAAGGGAAAGCGGGUUCCUGGAACGUAGAGAAGGGCAUACGUGAGAUGGAGGAUGUGCUACGUGACAGAGCUGAAGGAGUGGGAGUGGUUGAUGCCACUACUGACGGCGAGGGCGACGAGAGCGAAGACUAGACUUAUUUGUAGUUGAAACUUCUUCAAACAAUUUCUAUUUGGUUAUGUAAUAGUAAUUAGGCUCUUCGAACUUGAUAUUAUCUACUUUUCUCCCCUAGUUUGAGUCUAGUCACUUUUGGCUGGACUUGGACUUGGUAUUUGUAGGACAUGUCAUUUUCCGGUAUAUCCGGCCCGAUCAGGGGGUUCACCC